UGUUAUCCUCCCACAGGCGGAGUUAUCGGAGUCGCUACAACAAUUGUCAGGACGAGCCAAGUCAGCCCACACACAUAUCACCAACCUCAAGACCUUCCAAGACAGAAUCAACGCUCACUGUGACUCGCUAGCCACGGAGGUGGAGAAGCAGUGUGCUGAAUUGAUGGAGGCAGUGAGAGAAGCUCGAACCAGAUUGCUGGCUCAGCUAGCGGCCGAGAGGGAAGCUACUACCAAAAUCUACAGAGACCAGGCAGCGGGGUGCACGCGUCGCCUGCACCAGACCACAGCGCUCGUCCAGUUCUGUAUCGAAGCCAUCAAGGAGCCGGAGCCAGCGGCGUUCAUGCAGAUGGGUCCACAGCUCAUCGGUCGAGUGAGCGACCUUGACCUGACCUGGGACAAGGAGUUGGCCUCCUCCUCCACACGCCUCAGCCCCUACAUUGACCUCGACGUAGAGCACAAGAGCGUCCUAAGAGCCCUCAAUACAUUCAACUUCGUCCAGAUGAAACCACCCGGGGCUCCCGAGUUCCUGGCGGAGGAGUGUGUUGGGGAGAACAACAGUGUGACAGCCACCUGGACGCCUCACCCUACCUCCAGGGUAGCUGGGUACAUCCUGGAGAUUGACGACGGUGAUGGAGACUACAAGGAGGUGCACCGGGGACCGGAGACUCUGUGCACGGUGGAGGGGCUACACUUCAACACUGUUUACCAUCUCAGGGUCAGAGCUUACAAUGUCUCCGGCGUCUCAUCAUACUCCUCGUCAGUCGCUAUCAGAACCUCGGCCACUGCGUGGUUCUCGCUGGAUCGUGCACUCUCACACCCAGAGUGUCGCCUGGUAGGCGACGCUGCCGGGGCCACGUGUGAGAGCUACCAGCAUCGCGUCGCCCUGGCCUCCGUCGGGUUCUCCCGAGGGCGUCACUACUGGCAGUUCACCGUCGACGCGUACGACGCCAAUGCCGACGUCGUCUUCGGCGUCGCCAGAGCCAAUGUCGACAAGGAGGGCAUGUUGGGUAACGACGUGCACGGGUGGGCUAUGUACAUAGAUCACCAGCGGUCGUGGUUCCUGCACGGAGCAGCCCACCAUGGGCGGUGUGAGGGCGGCGUGGGCGUGGGCUCCACCGUGGGCGUCCUCCUCGACCUCAACCAUGGUGGCACACUCACCUUCUACGUCAAUGAUGAACAGCAGGGCGACGUGGCAUUCACCGACCUGGAGGGGCUUUUCUACCCGGCGGUGAGCGUCAACAGGAACGUCACUGUCACUCUUCACACCUCCCUUGACCCCCCGCACUCAGACUACGACAGCCAAUCUGACACCUGAGGAUCUCAUGGCACUGGUGCCUGCUGGCCCACCUCCCCCUCACCACAGAAGGACGUCACUCUAGUGCUUCCUAGAUAAUCAGCCGCUGUUGUGAACAACCACAUUAUUAUUGGUUAAGGCUUCGUCUCUCUUGACAUAUGAACUACAACUUGGCCCUGAAUAUAAAACUUUCUGAAGAACGAGUGACUUAGAAGACCAAUUAUGGGAAUCCUAUCAACAGAUUUUUGGAUCUCCCAAUG